AUGACCCGGUUCUCUCUUCUUGCGGCUCUGCUCGCCGCUGCCGUCUCGACCGUCAACGCCCAAACCUCCACGGAAUGCCAGCCCCUGACGCAUGACUGCCCGGCAGACCCAGCGCUGGGCACAUCGCACACAUGGAACUUCAGCUCCAAUUCUCUCCUGGACAGCACGUGGAACGUGACCAACGGCGCCGUCGACUAUACCGAUAGCUCCCUGAAAUUGUCGAUCCAGAAAAAGAUGGACUCGCCCACUUUCAAAUCGAACUUCUACAUCUUCUUCGGCCGCAUGGAAUAUCACGUCCAGGCCGCCCCCGGCCACGGCGUCAUCAGCAGUGUGGUGCUCGAGUCUGACGAUCUCGACGAGAUCGACUGGGAGUGGGUAGGCUCAGAGAACACUCAGGUGCAAUCCAACUACUAUGGAAAGGGUAUUACCCUCCCACACACCGGCCAGACACACAAUAUUAGUGGUUCAACAACCGACGCCUUCCACAAUUACACCACAUGGUGGGAUAAGGACAAGCUCGAGUGGUGGUACGAUGGCCAGCUGCUCCGUACUCUGACCUAUGACAAUGCUACCAACAGUAGUGGCACCUGGUACCCGCAAACCCCCAUGACGAUUCGUGUUGGUAUGUGGCCGGGUGGUGACCCUUCGGAACCCAACGGCACAAUCAUUUGGGCUGGUGGUGAGAUCGACUACAACGCUGGUCCGUACAACAUGUACGUCUCGCAAUUGAGCGCCCAGGACUUUUCUACCGGCAAGGAAUACUCCUACAACGGCCACAGCGGAACUUGGCAGAGCAUCAACGUUGUUGCUGGAAACUCAACUGCCGAAGCCACACUCAACACCGUACAUGAAAGUUUAGCCCAAAAGUGGGCCAACCUGUCCUCGGGCUCCAAGAUCGCCAUCUAUGCCUCUGCUGGAGGUGUUGCGGCAAUCGGUCUGAUGGUUCUGUUGUUCUGCUGCAUCAAGCAACGCCGGGUCGGCAAGCGUGAAUGGAAUGUACAAAACAACAAAUUCAUGCAAGAACGCACCGAGAUGAUGAACAUGCAGGCCGAGUGGAGACAAAAGGGAUAUGUUGAAAUGAAGUAA